AUGGCCUCGGGGCGACUCCUAGAAGGUCCCAUUCGAUUGAGACAUGAAGAUGAAGAAGAUUAUGAGCUGGAGCCUUCCGACGCGAAUUUAAACAGCCAAACGCAGUCGGAGAGUGACAUCUCAGAGGAAAGCAACUCGGAGUCUGACAACGAGGAUAACGCUCUGUCAUCUGGAAUUGAACCUGACGAAGAAGACUCCUUGGGAAAUAUCAGCUUCGGCGCUUUGGCGAAAGCCCAGGAAACGUUCGCUCCCAAAUCCCGGAAACGAAAGCUCGCGGAUAGCUUGGAAGAGCCCGCAUCAGACAAGGCCAAAGUGAACAGAGAAGAAUCUUUCGAUACGCGCAAAAGAGCCAAGGAAGCACGGAUUGAUGCACCCAAGAGAAGUUCAAAACAUGCGCCCGCAGUUGAGUCGGCGCGGAAGCCGGUCUCGCGGAAGAGAAUCAUAUUCGAGCCACCCCCUUCCCUGAAAGCGCGAGACCCGCGCUUCGAUCCCACAGUCAUGUCCGCAAAUCGAGACAGGAACGCCACGGAGAAGGCAAACCGUAACUAUUCUUUUCUGACCAAAUACCAAGCCGACGAGGUUCUGCAGCUCAAGGCCCAAAUCAAAAAGGCCAAAGACCCCGAGGUUGUUGCCGACUUGAAGCGACAAGUCAUGUCCUUGGAGUCAAAGAUCCGCAGUUCAGAAGCCCAUCAGCGUGAAAAGGAGAUCCUGAAAAGGCAUAAAGAAAAAGAAAAGGAAGCGCUUCGGACUGGACAGAAAUCCAAACCUUACUACUUGAAGGAGGCCGACGUUAGAAGACUCGCUAAGGAGGAGAGACUGCAAAGUCUGGGCAAGAAAGUCCGGGAUAAGGCAGAGAAGAGGCGACGGAAGAGAGAGAAGGCCAAAGAAGCACGAGAUAUGCCCAGGGCAAGGCGUGAACGAUAG